AUGCAGUGCCAAUAUAACGCGCCCUUCUCGCAGAGCAAUGCCGACACACCUUGGGCGGUCAAGCAGGAGGAAUCUAUCCUGCAGAAACAGGGACGGACGACGGGUUUAACCCAGGCGCGUGGGGGAUUCUUGACGAAGGAGAAUAUGCGUCAGGUUAGUCUAGGUAGUGUGUUGGGACUUGUUGCUGGGGUGGGAUUGAGAGCGUUUUCGAAGGCUUUGGUUGUGAUUUUGGGUAUGGGGGUUGUUCUUGUUGAGUACGCUGCAUCCAAGGGCUACAAUAUUCUGCCUCUCGAUCGGUUGCAGAAGUAUGUGAAGAACGUUGACCUGCGCCAGGCCAUGUCCGAGCACCGUCCAUUCAAGAUGAGUUUCGGCGCAACGAUGGCGCUGGCGGCAUUUGCGCACUUCUGA